AUGGUGUUCUACUUCACGUCUUCUGAGGGACAUACUAUUUAUAUGGGCAAAGACAAGUUCGAGAACGAGGACCUCAUUCGUUACGGCUUCCUCGAGGAUAUUUGGUUCCAUGUCAACGACUUGUCGUCUGCACAUGUCUACCUUCGGCUUCCAUUGGGCCAAACCAAAGUGGACGAUGUUUCCGAGACGUGUCUAGAGGAAUGCGCUCAGCUGGUCAAGGAAAACUCGAUUGAAGGAAACAAGAAAAAGAGCAUCAGUGUUUGCUACACAAGAUGGCGGAAUCUGAAGAAGACGCCCUCAAUGGAGGUUGGUCAAGUAGGCUUCAACCACCCUGAGCGAGUUCGGUAUUAUAAAGUCGAAGAGAAGAACAAGGAUAUUGUCAAGCGGCUCAACAAAACGAAGCAGGAGUUGUAUCCUGACUUGGAAGAAGAGCGUUGGCAGCGUGAGCUACUGUACAAGGCAGAGCGCAAAAAGCAGCGUCUGCAGCUGGAAGUGGAGCAGCGCAAAGCAAAACAGAGGUUCAAGCAGCAGAAGGAGCUACGCAGCUACUCGUCUUUGAUGUUGAGAGACAAUAUCGACGCAGGUGAGAAGCUGACAGCUGCCGCGGAUCUCAGCAGUGUCAACGCUUACGAAGAGGACUUUAUGUAA